UCCUGGCUCUGAAAUGAAUGAAUAGAUACAACCAUUUAUAUCCCAACAGAAAGUAAAUUGUUUUGAAGCAUCGUAUUUUAUUUGAAAUGAUUGAUUUGUGUAUUCUGUACCAGCGUCCUCCUCGUUAGCGGCUCCUCUGUGUUUACUAACCGCCGGAUACUGGAUAUAAACCCGUUUCCUGACAUUGAGACGGUCGGUUUAAAGUUACGGUUCCCGUUGGGGUAGGUUUUUUAUGUUUAUUUUUCAUUUUAUUUUGUUACUAUACACAAAAACAUGAAACACUGGGGGGAAUAGCAUGGCCAAUCCCAAUCUCCACCCUCAUGGUCAUGGACAAGUCACAUUACAAUGAAUUGUGGGUAAUUACCUUGGGAUAAAUCGCUGCUGCCCUUUACCCACAAUUCAUAGCCAUGUGACGUUAUACACGCAGUUACAAAUGGACGCAUAACAAAGGUAAACAAAGAGGACGGCACGUGGGUGUUCAGUCUGCCAUAUUAAAUGUACUCAAAAACAUUAAGGAUUAAAGAAAGGAACAUAAAAACACGUGAAGUCAGAGGAUAUUUAUUUAUUCAUCCAACAUUGUAUUGUUUUGACAAAAAAAAGUAAACAUAGAUAUAAUUUUGUAUAUUUUGCAGCAAAGUGCUGUUACCAUUUCAAGCCCUCGCAGGCUCUCACGCGCAACCAUUUAACAGGUGACGUCAGUGAGUUCUUGAGGGUUCAGGGUUUAAGGCCUGAGGAAAGGGGGUACAAUGAGGACCCUCUCGGACCUCGUGCGGCCCACAGCUGAGCCCCGCCUCCCCGCGUGCCGCAGCCAGUGACGUCACCCGAUGACGCAGCGACCGCCAAACCGAAGUCAAAACUAGCCGCGCGCUCAAUUAAGCCACCUGGCUUUAAACUUCAUAAAACAAAAUAAAAAAAUAAAUAUAACAAACCUACCCGAACGGGAACCGUAACCUUAAACCGACCGUCUCAAUGACAGGAAACGGGUUUGUAUCCAGUAUCCGGCGGUUCCUCAACACCGAGGAGCCGCUAACGAGCAGGACGUCGUGUCCGUUCGAUCAACUUCGCCAGCAGAUGAACGAUGUCCUUGGAGAUGGAGGGAUCCUGAAAGAGGUCGUCCAAUCUGGAGAGGGCCCGCCGAUACCUCAAAAUGCUUCAGUAUCGAUCCAUUACUCGGCUUUCCUGGAAUAUUCUGACCGGCCUUUUGAAACCAACACGCGCUUCAAGUACCCCCGGAUGAUGAAGUUAGGGAGAGAUGUGACGCUGGGCGGACUGGAGCUGGGUCUGCUGACCAUGCGGAAAGGAGAAUUCUCUCGCUUCCUCUUCCAGCCCCAGUACGCCUACGGGGACAUGGGUUGUCCUCCGUUCAUUCCCGCUGCCGCCGUGAUCCUGUACGAGGUUCAGAUCCUCGACUUCCUCGACUCGGGACAAGUGGACGACUUCAUCGCAAUGAGUCCGGAGGCGCAGAACACUCUUCCUCUGUCCACGGUCCUCGAAGUCGUCGACACACUACGCAGCUUCGGCAACCGUGCCUUCAAACAAAGCCGCUACGACAAUGCCAAAGAUCAAUACAGACGGGCAUCGAUGCUGCUGAGGAACAGGGACACGCCGAGCGAUGCCGAGACGGAGAAGAUCAAGACGGUGAUGCUUCCUCUCUAUCUGAACCUUUCUCUCACCGAGCUCCGUCUGGACCGCCCGCACAAAGCCCUCAAAUAUGGCAAUAAAGCCUUGGAGAUAGACUCUGCCAACACUAAGGCUCUUUACCGCUGCGGUCAGGCGUAUCUGGAGCUGAGCGAGUACGAGAGCGCCCAGGGUUGCCUCAUAGCCGCUCAGGCAAAGAAGCCCUUUGACAGCGACAUCAACAACCUGCUGAGGAGAGUGGCAAUAUGCUGUAAGGACAGCUUGGACGAACAGAAGGAAAUGUACUCCAAGAUGUUCAGUGGCUUGAGGGCCAAGUGAAGACGUGAAGAUGAGUGAACGGAUGACUUUAUGGGUAAAGAACGGCCCGCUUUCUCUCCAGAAUCGCAAACUCUGAAAGUUAAAACUUUGUUUGUUUUUGUGUUGUUGUUUUGCCCACGUUACAAAAGGGAAUAAUGUUGUUUCUUUGAGUUCUUUAAACUUUUUGUAACUCAACAGUUCCAAUUUAAGGAUAUUUUUUUUGCCGCCUGGAGGAAGAUUUGCAUGAACAGGGCAGCGUCUUGUCACAUUUUGUUUAUAAAGACUGUGUUUGCAUGUUUUCACAGUCAAUCUUGAAUACUGACUCGUGGCUCCUGUUUGAUUGGGAAGAUAAUUGAAUCGCUGUUCUCACAUUAUUUGUUCUUGGUGUUGAAUUUCUGUGAAAUAAAUGACCUUGGAUGUAGAAAU